AAAAACAAACCAUUAGUUAAGAAUUUUAACCCUUUUUUACAAUAUCACCUUUGGAAACCGACUUUGAAGGGGUAUGGGCAAUUUAUUUGUACCCUGAAUUAUUAUCAUCCCAAGAAAUCCACAGCCAUGAGAAUUAUAUUUUGGAGAGACAUUGUGGCGAAACGGAACGUCUCUAACGCCAAUGCAUGCCCAUAACAUCAUUCAAUUGUUUUCAUAAUAAAUUAGGAAAACAAAGUUUGUUUCAAAUUGCUACCAGUCAUGGAAUUCGUAAAAAAAAAAGUAUCUGGGUUAGUUGUUUUAAUUUGAUUUCAACUAUGUGAAACUUGAAAGGCUGCAAGUAAUUAAACUUGUGAUGAAUAAACUGUCACUUUUUCUUCAUUUCGAACAAAAUGUUUCUGCUUAAAAACUUGUUUUGUGUUGUGUGACAUGUUCUGGAGUGGAGACCGCGUAUCAGUAAGCGCAGUGUGGGAUGACCUCGACCCGCUGGACUGACGACCUCAAGAAGAUAGCGGGAAGUGGGUGGAUGAGGAAGGCGGAGGAGCGUGAGUGGUGGCGCGCUCUUGGGAAGGUCCAUGUGCAGCAUUGGAAGCAAACAGGCUUUUUAAUUGAUUGAUAAUAUAAAUGUAACUCCAGAACCAAAUAGUCAAGCAGAUUUGUGAUGUUGAUAUGAGUGAUCUCCAGUCUAUAUUUGACUCACCAUAGACUCAUCUAAAAAGAAAAAUUAAUCGACUUCAAAUUCACCAUCAGCUUUUUUGUAAAAACCUCAAAAGUAUCUUCCAUUUUGAAAAAUUUUAUGCAGGCAUGCAAUUUAUUUUUCACCCCUAAUCAUCUUGAGAAAUUGGAGAGAGACAUAUUCAAGUUUUCUCCAAACUUAUUGCAAAAACAAGUUGCAAAAACUUUUUAUGUGUAUUUAUUAGAAUAACACUUUAUCAAAGUUGUUGCAACUUAACUUCAUGCUCUUUUUUUUGACAAUAAUUUACUGACAUUUACUCUUUACUCAACAAAUACUUGGAAACAAACCGACCAUGAAAUCAAACCCUUUCCUGAACAAAAUCUUUGAUUUUGUAGAUUCAUACAUCUUUUUUUCAUAUUGAUAGUCCUUGAGUGCCUGUUGACUUCAAUUUUAGUACAGAGGGCGCAAUCUGACAAGGAACUAUACAUAUAAGACAAUACUCCGUCCGUACCACCUAUACUUUUUGCAAUUCACGAAGUCGAGUGAGCUUUACUCGUGGUUGAACGUGUAUAUGUACAUUGCUGUAGUGUGCGUGUCUGACGGAGCGGUCAGUUGCGACCGAGCCGUCGCCACGGUCACUUGUGCUUGUUGUUUCCACGACGCUUAUUACCACGAAGUACUGUCAGCAUGUCAAAACGCAAAGUUGUUCAUAGCGAGGGACGAGCAAUUAUCGCUAAAGUCUUUCACUUUCUUCAAGAAGAAUAUAAUUUUAUGAAAGUGAAUAACAGUGACAAAUGUGAUUUAAGUCCUUUGGCUAAUGUACUUAAACGUACUGCGGAAGCAACUGGCGUCUCUGAGCGCACUGUAACUAGAAUAUUGAAAGAAGAAAAGGAGUUGCCGUCACCUUCCUCCAAGUUCACUUCACCCAUGAAAAAACGACGUAAGAGAGACAGCAAAUUCAUGUUGGACAAUAUGCAUAGAGAAGUAAUUCGAACUACUAUACAAAAUUUUCACAUUUCACACAAACAAGUACCAACUUUAGCAAAACUUCAGUCAGUUUUGAGAGAAAAAAUUGGUUUUGACGGAUGUUUGAGCACUUUACGCUCUUUGCUCAUAGAAAUGGGCUACAAAUGGAAAAAAAUUGAUAACAACCGCAAAUCAUUACAAGAAAGGCACGAAAUACAAUUAUGGCGUUUUAAUUUUUUGAAAAAAAUUAAUCAAUAUCGUUCAGAAGGCCGUCAUAUCGUAUAUACCGAUGAAACGUAUGUGCUUACUUCUCAUGUACGACAAAACACCUGGUGUCUAAAAAGCAAAGAUCCAACAAAAAAAGACACGUCUUUUUCAAAGAAGUUGAGUACGGGCAGCCGUUUCAUUAUAGUACAUGCAGGCAACAGUAGUGGUUUUAUUAAAGAUGCUUCUUUAGUAUACAAAGCGGCAUCCACAACUGGAGAUUAUCACUCCAACAUGAAUUUUGACAAUUAUGUCAAGUGGCUUAAUGAAAAGCUUCUGCCAAAUAUUCCAGAAAAGUCAGUUAUUGUGAUGGAUAACGCAUCUUAUCACAACACCCGAAGCAGUAAAAUACCUACAUCAAAUUCUUGUAAGAGUGACAUGAAAAAGUGGCUGAUGGAAAACAAUAUUCCGUUUGAUGAACGGUCGCGCAAUAUAGAACUGUAUGAUUUAAUUAAAAAAAAUAAAGAGCGUUUUGUAACGUAUAAAAUUGACGAGAUAAUAAAAAGCAAGGGUUGCGAAAUAUUGCGAUUGCCUCCCUAUCAUCCCGAGUUAAACGCGAUAGAAAAUAUCUGGGGUAUUUUAAAAAAUCGCAUUGCCUCUAAAAACAUAGCACAAAACAUGACUGAAGUACAAAAUUUAAUUUUUGAGGGCUUGAACAGCAUUGACAGCAACACUUGGCUCAAUACCUGCAAUCAUGUAGAAAAAAUUGAAAAAGAAUACAUGAAGUACUUUGAUUCUGACUUUGAAUUUGUUAUUAAUGUAGGUGAAUCAAGUGACAGCGGUACUGAUGAGUUUGAAAGUAAUAGUGAUAGUUUAAACGAAGAUGAUUGAUUAUCGAAUUAAAUUAACCUAGACAGUAAUUUUGUGAUUUUAUUAUUUUUAUUAUUUGCAACA